AUGAGGGGCCUGGCAGGCUUCCUGCUGUGCUCCUUGCUGCUGCUGGCCCCCCAUUCCACAGGGGUGGCUGCCCAGGACACCCAGCCUGACCUCAAAAUGCCCUGUGCCAAUUGGAUGGGAGGAGCACCCGGCCACCCUGGCCACAACGGCGUCCCUGGCCGGGAUGGGAAAGAUGGAAGAGACGAUGGAAGAGAUGGACUAAAGGGAGAUAAAGGAGAUGAAGGUCCAGCAGGUCCCAAAGGCGAACCAGGCCCAGUAGGGAGCCGAGGCUUUCCCGGACCCCCCGGAUCUCCUGGAACCCCUGGCAGCCCAGGGCAGAAGGGCAAGGAUGCCUUCGUGCAGCGCUCUGCCUUCAGCGUGGGGCUGACGGAGCGCAGCCCCGCGCCCGGCGUGCCCAUCCGCUUCAGCAAGAUCUUCUACAACGAGCAGGGCCACUACGACCCCAGCACGGGCAAGUUCCUCUGCAACGUCCCCGGCACCUACUACUUCGCCUACCACCUGACAGUCUACAUGUCAGACGUCAAGGUCAGCCUCUACAGGAAGGACAAGGCCGUGAUCUUCACCUACGACCAGUUCCAGAACAACAACGUGGACCAAGCCAGCGGCUCCGUGCUGCUGCACCUCAGCUCCGGGGACGAGGUCUGGCUCCAGGUGUACGGCAACGGGGACAAGAACGGGCUCUAUGCUGACAACCUCAACGAUUCCACCUUCAUGGGCUUCCUCCUGUACCCUGACCCAGAGAGCUACUGAGGGGGUGCUGCAUGGAAGAGGAGCAGGUGGCUUAACCCCGGGCGUGUCCUGGGCCACUGGCGCUGUAGCUAUAAUGUAUUUACCAGAAAUCGCCUUUUGCAAGGGCAACCCCUUCCUCCUGUGAAAUCAGUGAGAUCAUACCAGUAUUUCCACAGAACCAAGAAUUCACUCCUACCUCUGCUCUUGCUUUCCUGUGGAAACCUCAGCCCAAAGUCAAAUACCACCCCUGCCAUGUCAUGAAAAACUCUCGACAUGGCUUCACCUCCCUUUAAAUUUAAAAGUGAGAAGAGAACAAUUGGUUGCAUUUGAAUAUGACAUUCUAAACUGCCCGAAAUCCAUUUAAACCAAUUGUAGAAAUUUUAGCCAGCAUUUAAAGUUUGAGUAGAAAAGGGAAAAUACUACUCACAAAAGCAGAGCGCUCCUGUUUUCAGCUGGAAUCAAUGGCUCAAUUUUUUGUAACUCCCACUUAUUAGGGCCUUUGACUUCCACUCCUGGUUUGUUGUCUCCCCUUUUUUAGCCCAGAUCUUUGAAUAUAUUCAGAUUAUUAAUUUCCACUGAUUUUAAUCCUUUGAUUUUCUUUUUCUGUUUAUUCCCUAUUGUUAUCUCUAAUGCAGACAGCAGGCUGGUUUAGGGCAGGGAUCUUCUCUUGUGAUUUAUCUGAGAGGCCUUGUGAGCACCAGCGAGGCCACACAACAAAAGCAGCCCAUUAACUGUGUGGUUUCGGGGGUCCCCAGGUGACCACAAAGAUCCUGUCCCAGCCCCCCUCUAACAGCUCUGAGGUGCACCCAGAAAUCGAGAGCUAUCAGCUGUGUUUGUAUUUUUCCAGGCUCUAAGUGUGCCAUAAGCCGUGGUUUGCCCACCAGCUGGGCAGAGCUUCAGGUGCUGCUGAAGCCUCCCAUGUGCAUGAGCACCCUCAGCCCUGCCCCAGCUUUGGGCAAGGUCACCUGAAUGCAGAAGAGGGUUAGGGCUGGAAUUAGUGUCAGG